UCCGGCCGCUCAGUGUGCUACGAAAACUGCUACGGGGCAGACGUGCUACAGCGGUUUCCCUCGUUUCGAUGUUUCCCGUGUUUUAAAAAUACGUUAACCCAACAAAAAAUCAGAAAUACAUUGAAAGGAAUAUGUUAUUUAUUCGCUAUAUUAUGCUUACCUUUCGGUGUAAUUUAGUAUAUGUAUGUAUAAGGAAUCUAUUUAACCAUUUACACUCCGUAUAUUGAAGUAGGAACAUUAGUGCCACAUUUGUUAGUGUAACAAAUGAACGAAUAGUGUAACAAAUGGACGGGAAAUGUACUGUGUUAAGGUGAUGAGUGAAUAAUUUGCGGAAUGAGGUCGGAACGUUCCUGGUUCUGCUCGAUGCUGCAAGCAUUGGCCUUUUUGCCAACAAUGGCCUUAAAAGAUUCUCACACAACGAAGAAAUUUACAGAGGAACCUGAAUUCGAGUAUCCUAUUGGCAACCAUACCUUUUUCCUGGGCCGAGAGGCAGUACUCGGAUGCUCAGUUCUUAACCUAGCUAAACACAAAGUGGGAUGGCUCCGUGCGGAGGAUCAGACAGUUCUGACAAUGCAUGAGCGGGCGGUUCUUGGGUCUCGCUACGCUGUCACCCUGGACCCACCUAGGACGUGGCAGCUACGUAUAAGGCCACUAAGGGCGGAAGACCGGGGCUGCUAUAUGUGCCAGAUAAAUACCCAGCCAACUAUGACUUGGCAGAUUGGGUGUAUCGAUGUUUUUGUGCCUCCAGAUAUAAUGAGUGAUGAUACAUCUGGGGACGUAUCGGUUCAAGAGUUGGAGAAUGCGACUCUCACUUGCAAAGCGACUGGACAUCCUGCCCCAAAGAUCACGUGGAGGAGGGAAGACCACGAGCCCAUAUUGCUAAAGAAACCUAACUCAAGAGAGUUUGAAAAAGUGGAAAGUUACGUAGGCAGCUCAAUGCCACUAUGGAGAGUGGAUCGGCGGCAAAUGGGCGCCUUUCUAUGUAUAGCAUCGAAUGAUGUACCUCCCGCCGUCAGCAAGCGGAUCACUCUUAAUGUUAACUUUGCUCCAACAGUUAAAGUUCCAAACCAGCUGCUAGGAGCACCCUUGGGGACGGAUGUCAAACUCAAGUGCUACGUGGAGGCAUACCCAAAUACAAUUAACUAUUGGAUCAAAAAUAGAGGAGAAAUGCUACUAGAUGGCCCAAAGUACACAAUACGCGAAGAGAAGUCGUCCUACAAAGUAUCGAUGUGGCUGACCAUCAGACAAUUCGCAAAGAGUGAUAUCGGUACAUACAACUGUGUCAGUACCAAUUCAUUGGGGAAAAGUGAAGGGACUCUGCGGUUGUAUGAAAUUAAACUCAACUCGCCAGAGGACUUCAGCAAUCAAAUAAGCGUGGCGGGAGGUCUAACAGAAGCUGCCAAAGCGAAUUCACAGGAAAGGUUACAUAUAAGACGGACAUUGUUAAUAUUAAUAGUAAGUUGUGUAUAUUUGUAUGUACUGUAGAGAUUGUUUAAAUAAACGCGAAAAUGUAUGCUUUAAAGUAAUUCAAUUACAUUGUUUAAAAUUGUAAAUAUAAAUAAGAUUGUGUUGGUAUUGUUAUUUUGCUGGGAUCUAUAGUAUGUCGUAUUUUUGCGACCUCUUCAACAAUAAUCAUUGAUUUAAAAGCAUAAUAAAUGAUACAUCUUAACUUUCCUCCACACUAUUUAUUGGUGUAAAUAGUUGAUAUUUGAGUAUAUCGCAUUUAUACGGGCAGACAUUUUAUACUAAUUAUUACUUAUGUGCGUACGAUGAUUGCUAAUAGAAUCUAAGUGUAAAACGGGAAGCAACUUUUCUCUAUUAUUGUUACUAUAAUAAAUAGAACACAGUCCAUUGAUGCAAUCUGAAUUAAACCUUGUUAAAAAGUGUAAGCGAAAUACCGAAAACUACGUGCUUUAUACUAUAUAUGUGCAUCAGUUAUU